AGCUUUGCAUCUACCUCUAGAGCCAUUCUGUAGCUAGCUGAGAAGAGAGCACAGGACAACUGAAGUAUACCAUAUCUCCUUUUACGUGGAAACCAAAGAGGCAGUUUUUCUCCUUCAAUGUUGAAAAAACUGUGCAACUAGCAACAUGUGUACAGGAAAGUGCUCUAAGGUCAUUGCGAUCUCGCUCUACAUCCUGGCGGGGGUCUCAAUCAUCUGUAACAUCAUUGCAUUCUUCCCUGACUGGUCUACGAAGUACGCCAAGUUGGACAGAGAAGAAAAUGGAGCCCGGAUCACCGACGAGGUUAAAUACAUGGGAGGUGUCAUCGGCGGAGGAAUCAUGUGCCUUAUUCCAGCAAUCCAUAUCCACCUGACUAGCAGCAAUGGUUGCUGUGCCAACCGCUGUGGGAUGUUCCUGUCCAUUGGGUUUGCUGCUGCUGGGGUUGUUGGAGCGCUGUACAGUCUGGCUACGUCUGCCCUGGGCCUGUCCAAUGGACCUGUCUGCCUCUUUAUGGAAACACCAACCUCUGUUCCAGGGUGGGGGAGACCUUUCCUGAACAACAACGGGAGUUACCUGGGUGACAGUGACCUGUGGGCGAAGUGUAAAGAGCCCAAAGGUGUUGUGGAGUUUAACCUUGGGUUGUUCGCCACACUGCUGGUGGUGGCUUGUCUGGAGCUGGUGCUGUGUGGAAUACAGAUGGUCAACGGACUGUUCGGAUGCAUCUGUGGUACCUGCGUUGGCAAGGAGUAGGAAGCGUGAUGAACCAUCGACGCUUGAGGACCACGACGUAGAACAGACCACAUCCACAUCUGCACCCAUUUGUCAAGAGGAAUUAAUGGUUAUUGAAGAAUGGUUGACAUAUUCACUGUCUCUUCUCUGUAAGGCCUACAAAGACUGGAGUAUUUAUAAUGGACUUAUAAUGGCUUAGUGUAGUAGGCUGUUAAAACACAUCAGUGACUGUAAUAAUCAGUAGUUAUGUUCAUUGAUAUGACAUUCUGUAAAUGUUAUGUUUCUCUAUAAUUCUAUGCAUAUUUUAUGUUAUAUUUUGUAAUAAAUGCUGGGGGGAAAAACGUA